UGGUGCAGGCUUCCACCGUAGAUAAAGCCCACUUCCUGGUUUAGGCUCAGCUUUUUGGUUGGACCCCUACGCACUUGUUCAACCCCACCUACACACACCCACUCAAAACGACACCUAGCAGAAAAAAAAAGAAAAAAAAUCACCCAAACAUGAGCUGAGCUUAAAUCAGCGACUGACUGCACAACACCUACAUUAAUGAUGACUUUUUUUUGCAUUUGGAAGCUGUUUCAUGCUAUCCUGUGGAUUCAACUUGAAUUGAUGCCUGCGAUAGACAGCAAUGCUGGACUAAACAAUAUUGUGUCAAAGCAAGACAUUUUGCUCAUAAGCGAUGAUGAAAAGCCAAACUGUUUCACUCGCACAAGACGGGAUUUCACCUGCUUCUUUGAGACCCCAGACAACAGGACACGUGACUUUCACUAUACAAUUAACAGGAAAGAGAAAGAGUGUAAGAUGUCCAUCCAUGGAACAGAAAAUGGAACCUUUCUGCAUGUCUGUUCGUUUCCCCCUGCGGAUGUCACCCUUUACACUGAAACAAAAAUCAAAGUAGUGGAUUGCACCAAUAAUACCAAUUUGUACGCUCGGACAGUCAACAUGGAGGACCUCUGCCUGCUGGACCCGCCCUUCAAUGUCUCUCUACAGCCAGGUGAUAAUGCGGGAGAACUCAAGGUUUCCAUAGAAACAGCAAAGUUAAAAUACAUACCACGAAAGGAAUAUAGAAUUCGCUACUCUUCCAUGACCCAUGGUGAAAAAACAUUAGAGGUUCGACAAAGCAGAAACUUCUCGAUGGUAUUGGGAAAAAACGUCCUCUUGAUCUCAGGGGAAAGUAAGAAGCGCGAUCAGCACCUUCCUGCGGACCUACUGGUACCAGGCGAGGAGGUUGUGGUCCAGGCUUCUGUAAAAUGUGAUAAUUCCGCGAGAGCACAUCCUGGAUAUUGGAGUGCCUGGUCAAAGCCCGCGAGAGCAAUAGUUCCCGUAUUUGCACAUAAUAUCUCGCUGGCGUGCUUCACCUCGGACCUGCAAAACAUUACCUGUCGUUGGAACAGCACCAAAUAUGGGGCAGAAAAUGAAUACAAGCUCUUCUACAACGCGAGUCCGAGACAAUCUCAGACCUGGACUGGGUGGAUUAAAUGUGAGGAAGAUGGACACGUCCAGGAUACAUGUUCUUUUCGUGGAGAUAGGUUUGGAAAAAUAAAGGUCAAGCUCAACAGCACUGCAGCUGCUCUCAAACCCUCGUUCCUCAGUGACGAGUUCACACUCGAAAAGUCCAUUAAAAGUGUCCCACCAAGUCAUCUGAAAGGACGAGUGGAGAAGAAAAGGGUUUGCUUGGAGUGGGAAGCUCCUCUACCGUCUCUGUCGAGCCAUCUGAAAUACGAGGUUGACAUUCAGAUCAAAGGAGGUGAAAACUGGACGAAAACAAAAUUGGCAAACCCUAGCAUGUGUGAAGAACUUCCAUCAGGCUGCGAGUUCAGCGUUAAGAUUAGAGCGAAACCGGAUGGAUCGACUUAUUCAGGAUACUGGAGCGACUGGUCGGAUGUCUUCUCAGGUGUCACCCCAAAGGACACAGACACGUUGGUUAUUAUGUGGAUCUGUGUCUCCAUGGCAGUCAUAGUUGUCAGCUUCGUCGCAGCCUUUUUCCUUCACUACAGGAAGCUUGAGCAGUAUUUUUGGCCACCUGUCCCCAACCUUGAAAAAGUUCUUCAGGGUUUUCUGAUGGACAUCAACCAGCAGAAAUGGAGUCCUCCAGUCACAGCAAAGCAGAGCUUUGAAGAAACAACUUCCUCUGUGUUGGACGUCAUUUCCAAUGACAUUCCAGUACUGGACAAACCUUCCGAAGAAUCCGUCAACCUUCUCUCAUCCAAUGGAAGCUUUUCCUCCAAAGAACCGGCAGAUGAAAGUUCUGGGAGCGAAGUCCUGAGAGAUUAUGUCACUCUAAAUAAGGAUCUGACCAUUGUCUGUCUUAAAGAAAACUGUUAUGUUUAUGAGGAGUUUAAAGAUGGAGAAGAUCCUGAGACAGGAAAUAAGCUCCUUAAAACAUGUUCCUGUCUUAAGCCUUGCUCAUGCAGUAACUAUUUUAACCGUUCUUACCUACUUUUGGCCCAGUCUACAGAUGGCUUUACUGACAAUAUCAGUGUUGGACAGCAUGUCAGGAACCCCUACACCAACGUUCCCCUUUUGGGAACCACGUAACCUCUGUAACAACACAAGGGCUAAAAUACAACAUGCAGCGACAGUUUUUAAAUGCUUUAGUUAACAUUAAGCUCAGUUAUUAGCAAUUCAUUUUGUGCUCUUUGUAAGAAACAAUAGAGUUGUAAUACUUUUUAAGUAUUUGUGAUAGUGUUGUAAUCGAGUUUAAAACGAAAGUUCAAGCUGGAAGACUCACCUCUGAGCACCUGCAUCCACUGAUCGCCUCCUCAAGGGUCCGCGCCCCAGCUAAUCUGUGUCGAGUCCUUAUUCUUUCAUCCCACAGGACCCUGCUUAACAGCUGCUCCACCCAUGGAUUCUCCUGCUCUUCAACUGAGCUUAGACCCUCCUCCACCCCAUCUCCUCCUCCGCAAUCUCAAACUUCACCUGACUACUUCUCCCCUAUGGCCUCCACCACCCCGGGGGGGAAGACUUCACUAAUCCUAAUCCUAAAAUGAACAUCCAAGAUCAUAGACAUUCGCAGCUUUGACGUCUUCUGCUGGGGUCCUAGCAUCAAAGAACUUUUUAUUUUUUUUUUGUCAAAUAUCUCUAAUUGCCUCUUUUCUUUCUCUCCAAAUCGAAAUAUACUUAUAUUACAAUGAAUGGGUAUUUUUAAAGUUAAUGAAAAAGCUGAAGCAUGUGUAUCACUGAUGUUUCUUUUUUUUCAUGUUUUUUUCCCUUUUAUGUAUUACAAAGCUUGUAUACUACACAAAAAACAUGUGUUUUUAUGUAUAAUACAUUUGAAAUUUCUGAUAAAAAAAAUCAGGAUUCAUGAAUAUAGCAUAUUGUAUUAUCGUAUGUAUGUAAAUAGACCGGAGUCUUUUUUAUUUUCUAUUCUGGACGUUUCUUUAGAGAUAAUUUAGAUUACCUUUUUUUCUUCUUCUUUUCAUUGCUUGUCGUUGUGUAUAACUGUCUGUGUGUUUGCCACUGUCACACGGAAUAUUCCCAUUGCGGGACAGUAAUGGAAUUCCUAUUCUUAUGUUGCAGUACGGAAAACCCUUAAAAGGUAUAUCAUUUGAAUGAAGUAUUAACCAGAAUUGGAGACAGAUAGAAAAUUAAAACAGAAAUGAUAUAUAGGAAAUUCUUUAAAAUUCCAAACUUUAUUAAAUAUCCUAUUAUGUAAGCGUUCCAUCCAUCAAUCCAUUAAGCCAUCAAUUUUUGGAUGUUUAAAAUAAGAAUUUUAAUCACUGUAGAAUUUUUUUUUUUCCUUUUUGUUGUAAAUAAUAAUAAUAAUAAUAAAACAAAUUCAGAAAUCGGGUCUGGAAAAAGCUUGGAUAUGUCAUACUUGAUUGAAACCAGUAGGUGGCAGCAAACACCAACCUGCUGAUGUAUGUUUCUACAAUGAGGGACUUCGAGGUAACUCCAGCUGACUCUGAACCAAAAACACAAAUUCACAGUUUCCCAGGCCUUAUGAUCUUAUCCAUAAUGGUUUAAGAUGUAGAUAGAUUCAUACUUUUUUUUGUCCCCACGGGAAGAUGAUGAGGAUAAGGAUUAAGAUGCCAUUAUCAGGUUUACAGUGAUUUUCACUCAAAAGAUGAAUAAAUGACCCACAACACAGACGAAUGCUAAUGUUAAUUUAUUAAUAAAACUGGAGAAAAAGGCUCAAGUAAAGAGGGGUCCAACAGUUUGAAAUAAAACCAAAACACCUGAGAUGAAACAAUAACACACUGGAACUGGAUGAGGACAUGCAUGAAAUGGCGUAAACCCUACAGGUUUAAUGUUUCAACA